AUGUUUCUCUCGGUCAUACCUGUUUUUUCUGUUGUCCUCUUAGCCUUUGGGCUUAGUGCUGCGUUUAACUACUACCGUGGUCCACUUUCACACCUUCCUGGGCCGUGGUACACCCACUUCACUGGUCUUUCACUGCUAUACACAAGGGCCGUUGGAACCAGCCGUCAGUAUCUUCGCCAUCUUCACAAUGUCCACGGUCCAGUAGUUAGGGUUGGACCAAGGGAGGUUUCAAUCAACAGCGUCGAUGGCUACUACAAAGUGCACGGCGUGGGCAGCCAUUGCCUCAAAGCACCCGUCUUUGACCGUAUCCGCUUCAGCCACUCGUCUAUGCUCUUCACCAUGCGAGAUCCUCGUAUUCACUCCGAACGUAAACGGAUCGUUGGCAGGGGUUUCGCGUCAAUAAGGGAAGAGCAGGAAAUGAAGAUUCGUCGACUGGCUAGUAAGGCGGUAGCCAACAUCAAAAACGAGGCCGAGAAAGGCCAAGCGGAUGUCUACAAAUGGUGGCGCUGCCUGGCUGUUGAUGUAGUCAGCGAGAUGUCUUUCGGAAAAUCCUUCAAUUUGUUACAUUCAGGUGGGAAAGGCCUAACACUAUAUAAGGCUUUAAGCAACGCUGGUCCUUGUGUUGUGUUCCAAGCCGUACUUCCUCGGAGGCUCAUAUCUCUCUUCAAGUGGUCUCCUAUUACCUGGCUUAGAGACGUUAGUGAAGUGGCUGAAAUCAUCUUCAAUCGAGUAACAGCAGCCCUCGGAGAACUCCGAGUUUCAUCCAAUUGCGGCCCGAGCAUCGCCCGUCACUUGUUGAGUCAUGAGGUGAAGGGCAACAAACCCAGUUUGAACGAUGAUGAGUUGAGCUCUGAGGUGGGCAUGCUACUCGUUGCGGGAUCGGAUAGUACAGCUACAACUUUGACUUAUGCGACAUGGGAGAUCGUCAGAGAUCCUGACCUCCGGAGACAGAUCGAGGAGGAAGUUGGCAGCCUGCCUGUAGACUUUUCAGCCAAGGAUGUUGAGGAUCUGCCCCUCUUGAAUAGUGUCUUGGAAGAGGUUCUUAGGAUGUAUAAUCCUGCAGGAGCACUAGUAGAGAGACUCGUACCUCCUAAUGGUAUCUCCGUUCAUGACUGGGAUAUCCCUGGAGGUAUAAUGGUCUACACAACUGGAUGGCUCAUUUCUCGACUAGAAGGUGUCUUUCCCGAUCCUGAUAGGUUCCUGAACCCAACCCCAGAUAUGAAACGAGCACAUGUCCCAUUCAAUAUUGGUGCCCGAAGAUGUGUCGGCAUGCACGUGGCUCGGAUGGAGAUCCUUGUCACUUUGGCAGUUCUUUUUCGUGAGUGUAGAGGCCUACAGUUACAUCAUACCAUGAAGGACGAGAUGAUGGCACAGAUUGGAGAGUUCUUUAUAGUUCCCAAAGCGGGACGCCGCUUCUCGGUCGCCUGCACCUAUCCCGAGCUAGCUGACCGCAGACGUCUCGCAGCUCGUCGCGAAUCGGUGCGGGCCGAACACUCCCGUCCUGAUGCUGGCCCAGUGACUCCAGAGUCGACAGAGCUCAAUGUUUGCGCAGUCAGAAGUCCUUCAGUGACUCCGAGAACCCACAGCGUUGGCUUCGUCGAUAUUGGACCACCAAGAACAGAACAUGCAGUCUCAGGAUCUACCGGUGCUAAGUUCGAUGACCUACCGCCACGAGCCAUAGGGCUCGCGCUCUUGGAUAUCUACUUUGAACGGUUAUACAAUGCUACCUUGCUUUUUAACCGUACUCAGCUCUUUGAGUCUUAUUUGGACGGUAGUAUGCCUCCAUAUCUAUUGAGAAGCAUAUUUGCCCUGUCUUCAUUAUUUCUUCGUAAACCACGACAUCAGCCACCUAGACUAGGUACUCAUGCGGUGUCACCCGAGCUUGCAGCGUUUGCCACAUACGCUGGCUAUGGGGACGCCUGGGCUGAGGCAGCAAGGCGCGAGGCUUGGCUUCUCACAGAUCGACCAACCGUCCAAGUGGUUCAAGCUCUUUCGUGUCUCAACCUGUAUUGGUUUGCGACGAGAAAUCGAGGCCGAGCUCGGAUCAAUGCAGUUAUGGCUUAUGCAUCAGCCACUACAUUUCGCUCUGCUAACCACUCAACCAACGGGAUUAAGACAAAGGACGAGCUACAGCUUAUAGAAAGAAAGUAUGGCUGUUUUUGGGCAUGCUGGUCAACGAUGUGCAUCUCUUCCUUUCCUGAAGCAUAUGCAAAAAACGCCUGGGAAGAAGCUUGCAAUGUGCCACUUCCUGUCGCAUCAGAUGCCUUCGUUGGUGAAGGAAAUGCUAUGCGUCAGUACUGCAUGAAUGUGGAAUGGGAGCCAGAAGCGCUCAACGACGAGCAGAAUCCCCCUUCAUCAAUAAUGGCAGAACACAUGCGACUCAUGGGGGUUUGGGCCCGCCGCCAUCACGAUGAUGGAAUUACACGGUCCCAUGUGUCACAGGCACUUGCGACACUGAUCCAGGAUAGUAUCGAUAUACUUAGAAUUCUCCAGACUUUCUGGGAGCAUUUAGAACCAAUGACUAGGAGCAUCCAGCAGGCUGCCGACCAAAUAUUGGGAACUUUCGAGCGUAUUGGUCAAAAUGUUGCCGGGGUUGAGUCAAGAACAAUCGAAGUCCCAAUGACAGGAGUCAACAGUCCAGCACGCGAGGAAGAUGUCAUUACAACCACUUAUAUCGAGUCUCCAGAGUAUUCGAAUGCCCAGAAUUUAGCGAGCUCCUACACAAAUACCCAUUUUGCAGUUACAGACAGGGCUGUGGAACAUGUAACUCAGAGCAUGGAUGAGACUCCUGAUUGGCAUCAUAAUGAUCUGUUUGAAUGGUGUCAGACAGAAGGACUGCUCGAUAUUGGAGACGAUUUCUUGGAUCUUGGCGCUUCGGUCGAUUGGAACAUGGACUUGAACCUGUUAACUGGUUUCUCCUCACAGAUGGCAUGA